AUGUCGUUUCCGGCCCACGAUAUAUCAACACCCUUCGAUUUUCCAAGGGAAGAGGAAAAAGUCAUUGCUUUCUGGAGGGAGAUCGACGCGUUUCAGACCAGCUUAAAGCUUUCUGAAGGCAGACCUGAAUAUUCCUUCUACGAUGGCCCCCCAUUUGCGACUGGAUUGCCACAUUACGGUCAUCUUCUUGCUGGAACCAUCAAGGACAUAGUAACAAGACAUGCCCAUGUUAGUGGAUUCCAUGUACCAAGACGCUUUGGUUGGGACACCCAUGGGCUUCCGGUUGAACACGAAAUCGACAAGCGAUUGGGCAUCACAGGAAAGGAAGAUGUAAUGGCUAUGGGGAUCGACAAGUACAAUGACGAAUGUCGAAAGAUCGUAAUGAGAUAUUCUUCAGAAUGGCGACAGACAGUUGAACGCAUGGGUCGAUGGAUCGAUUUUGACAACGACUAUAAAACACUUAACGUCUCCUUUAUGGAGUCUGUUUGGUGGGCCUUCAGCGAACUUUUCAAAAAGGGUAUGGUCUAUCGAGGCCUGAGAGUGAUGCCUUACUCUACCGGGUGCACAACCCCUUUGUCAAAUUUUGAAGCUGGACAAGCUUAUAAAGAUGUUAACGAUCCCGCUGUAACGGUAUCGUUCCCUUUGGUUGAUGAUCCCAAGACCUCACUGUUGGCCUGGACAACUACCCCCUGGACAUUACCUUCCAAUCUCGCUCUAUGCGUCCAUCCCGAUUUUACUUAUAUCAAGAUCCACGACACGGAGAAAGAUCAAAACUUUAUCAUCCAUGAGAAGCUGUUAUCGACUCUUUACAAAGACCCGAAAAAGGCCAAAUACAAAAAGAUUGCUCAAUUCCAAGGCUCUGAUAUGAAAGGAUGGCGUUACGUUCCUAUGUUCGAAUAUUUCACGGAUCAGUUUGAAGACAAAGCAUUCAGAGUUCUCGUGGAUACCUAUGUUACUGAUAAAGACGGUACAGGUAUUGUGCAUCAAGCUCCAGCUUUCGGUGAAGAUGAUUAUCGUAUCGCCAUCGCCCACGGUGUAUUGAGGCCCGACGAAAUGCCUCCCUGUCCUAUUGAUGAUGCCGGAAUUUUCACCAAGGAGGUCCCAGAUUUUGCAGGGCUUCAUGUCAAGGCUGCGGACAGUCCUAUUCAGAAGAUUCUGAAGGCCAAGGGUCGUCUUAUCGUCCAGUCAACUUUCCACCAUAGCUAUCCAUUCUGUUGGAGAUCAGGGACACCUUUGAUUUACCGUGCUAUUCCUGCUUGGUUCGUGAAAGUUACCCCUAUUGUAGAUGAGCUCGUUGCAAACAAUGAGGGAACACGAUGGGUUCCCCAGAAUGUCGGUGAUAACCGAUUUGGUAACUGGCUCAUGAAUGCCCGAGACUGGAAUAUAUCCCGUAAUCGUUACUGGGGAACGCCUCUGCCGCUCUGGGCCAGCGAGGACAUGGAAGAAAUUGUUUGCAUUGGUUCAGUGGCUGAACUGGAGAAAUUAUCUGGUGUCACUGGCAUUACAGAUCUCCAUAGGGAUAAAAUAGAUCAUAUCACUAUCCCUUCUAAACAAGGUAAAGGUGUACUCAAACGUGUUGAAGAAGUUUUCGACUGUUGGUUCGAAUCUGGAAGUAUGCCAUACGCUCAACAGCACUAUCCGUUUGAGAACAAAGAGCUAUUUGAGAGAACAUUCCCAGCCGAUUUCGUCUCUGAGGGUAUCGAUCAAACCCGUGGCUGGUUUUAUACCUUGCUCGUUCUUUCUACCCACCUCUUCGGAAAGGCCCCAUGGAAGAAUCUCAUCGUAACUGGACUGGUCCUUGCUGCCGAUGGCAAGAAAAUGAGCAAGAGUCUUAAAAAUUAUCCUGACCCGAAUAUCAUCAUUGACCAAUAUGGUGCCGACGCCACAAGAAUGUUCCUCGUUAACUCUCCUAUUGUGAGGGGAGACAAUCUCCGUUUCCGUGAGGAGGGUGUCCGAGAAGUCAUUUCCCGAGUACUUUUGCCUUGGUUGAACUCGUUCCGCUUCUUCCUCGGUCACGUAGCAUUGCUCAAAAAGUCUACUGGGAUCGACUUCAAGUACAAUGCGCAAGCCCCCCUCCCCAACAACGUCAUGGACAGAUGGAUCCUUGCCCGAUGCCAAUCUUUGAUUAGAUUGGUUAGAGAAGAAAUGGCUGCAUACCGACUUUACACCAUCAUCCCGCGUCUGCUGGCUUUAGUCGAUGAACUGACCAAUUGGUAUAUCCGAUUCAACAGAAAACGUCUUAAGGGCGAAGACGGGAAGGAAGAUACCAUCUCUGCCCUCAACACACUGUUUGAGACUUUGUUUACACUUUGCCGUACCAUGUCGUCUUAUACACCCUUCAUGACUGAAAAUUUGUAUCAAUCAUUACGCAAAUACAUUCCAGAGGAUCCCGCUGCUGGAGACACACGCUCAGUUCAUUUCUUGAGUUUCCCUGAUGUAAAAGAGGAAUAUUUCGACGCCGACAUCGAGCGCCAAGUUCAACGUAUGCAGGCCGUUAUCGAAUUGAGCAGAAAUAUCCGCGAACGGAAUAACCUAUCUUUGAAGGUGCCUCUGAAAGAACUGCUCGUGUUCCACCCAGAUCCACAAUACCUCGCGGAUAUCAAGCCACUGCAGCGUUACAUUGAAUCAGAACUCAACGUCAGAGACAUCGUCUUUACCUCUGACGAAACCUUAUCGGGAGUUAAAUACAAAGCUGUGGCCGACUGGGCAGUUUUGGGACGCAAGUUGCGCAAAGACCUUGGUCGUGUCAGAAACGCGCUUCCCAAUGUCUCCAGUGACGACAUUAAAUCAUAUGUCUCAUCUGGAAAGAUAAUCGUCGACGGUAUCGAGCUCAUCGAGGGAGACCUUGCUGUUCAGCGAUACCUCGAGCUCCCACCCUCCAGCGAAGGUCAAUUUGCCACCAACACUGAUAACGACGUUGUCAUCCGACUUGAUAUACAAAUACAUGCAGACCUUCAAGGCGAAUGGCUAGCUCGUGAGCUAACCAACCGUGUACAGAAGCUGCGGAAGAAGGCCGGUCUUCAAGCUACAGACGAUGUUCAUGUCUUCUACCGCUUUGAAGAGGGGUCUGGAGCGGAUAUUCUCUCGGCCAUCAAGGAGAAUACAGAAAUCAUUAAAAAGACAGUAGGAAACCUUCCCGUUGACGUUAAGGAGAAGGCUGCGGGAGCUACGUUGUUGAUUGAAGAGGAGCAGGAGAUUGAUGAUGUGAAGUUUACAAUGUACUUGGCAAGACCGUAG